AUGACGGAUAUAUUGCCUAGAUCCGAUGACCUAGAGGCGACCUGGAGCUUCAUCGAGCCUGGUAUCUCGCAGAUCUUGGGCCGCGAUGGCUUCGAAUCAAAUGCCAACAGACGUGUUGACAAAGUGCUUUCACCAGCAAUGUACAUGGAAGUUUAUACAGCCAUCUACAACUAUUGUGUGAACAAAUCGAAAUCGUCAGGGCAGUUUAAUGGCGACAAGCAGGAAAAUCAGUCUUCGAUCCUUGUUGGUAGUGAGAUUUACGACAAGUUACAAAAGUAUUUGAGGGAUCACAUAUCAGGAUUUGAGAGGAACCCGGAUGAGACGUUUCUACAAUUUUAUGUGAGGCGGUGGAAGCGUUUCACCAUUGGAGCGAUCUUUUUGAACCAUGCUUUUGACUACAUGAAUAGAUAUUGGGUGCAAAAAGAGAGAAGUGAUGGGAAGAGACAUAUAUUCGAUGUGAACACGCUAUGUUUAAUGACUUGGAAGACCGUUAUGUUUGAUCCUAACAGUGAUACGCUUGUGAGGGAGAUACUAGACGAGAUAACAUCAGAGAGGCAGGGGAAUAUGAUUCAGAAAAGCAACUUAACGGCGGCCAUAAAGUCAUUUGUUGCAUUAGGUAUCGAUCCUCAAGACUUGAAGAAACUGAACCUUAAUGUUUAUAUUCCAGUUUUCGAGAAACCAUUUUUGAGAAGAACAGAGGAGUACUAUAAGCAAUAUUCGGCGGAUUACCUGACAACUCAUUCUGUAACAGAAUACAUCUUCGAAGCCCGUGAGAUAAUUUCACGUGAAGAAAAGGGUAUGGUUAUGUAUUGGGAUGAUCAUACGAAGAAACCUUUGUCCGAAACCUUGAAUGCAGUCCUUAUCACGCAACAUGCCGAAGAACUCAAGACUGAGUUUGUUACGUUAUUGGAUUCAAGGGAAGAAGCAAAAAUAUCUGCUGUAUACAAUCUGAUGCAACGAGACAUCACGCUGCUACCAGAACUGGCCAGUUCGUACGAGCAAUACAUCAAGAAAUGUGGAGAAAAUGAGAUCGCUGAACUAAUAUCUUUACAAAAAGCAGCUUUAUCAAAAGGGUCCGAAGAAGCACCGCAGAAUAAUAAAAAACUGAAUAUGAUGGCUUUACAUUCACUUCCACCUAAGGAUUAUGUUAAGAAGCUAUUGGAGGUCUAUCAAACCUUCAGAACAAUGACAAACGAUUGCUUUUUAAACGAUCCAUUGUUCGCGAAAGCUCUUGACAACGCAUGCCGGGCUUAUGUCAACAACAACUCUUUUGCAUUGCCAGUAGGAUCUCCAAAGUCAGCAACUUCAAAAACUCCAGAGAUGUUAGCCAAAUAUAGUGACCAGCUUCUGAAGAAAUCUACUAAACCGGAAGUGGCUCAUGACAUGAGCGUUGAUGAUAUCAUGAUGCUUUUCAAGUUUUUGACUGACAAGGACGCCUUUGAAUCACAUUAUAGAAGAUUAUUUGCCAAGAGGCUGAUCCAUGGGACUUCGACAAGCGAUAGUGAUGAAGAGCUCAUCAUACAGAGGCUACAAAGCGAGAACAGCAUGGAAUAUACCGGUAAAAUCACAAAAAUGUUUCAAGAUGUCAGACUAUCCAAAGUCUUGGAAGAAGAUUUCGACGUAAUGAUCAGGGGUUUACCAGAUUAUUCCAAACGCUCGUAUCCUGAUACACAACCUUUCAUUCUAGCUGAAACGAUGUGGCCGUUUUCAUUCCAGGAAGUCGAUUUCAAAAUCCCUGAGGAACUGAAACAAUCCCAUAGCAAGCUGGAGGAUUUAUACGCAUCCAAACAUAAUGGCAGAAUUUUGAAAUGGCUGUGGCCGCUGUGUCGGGGGGAACUAAGGGCAGAUAUUGGCAAGCCUGGCAGACCUCCGUUCUUAUUCACAGUGACGCUUUUCCAAAUGUCAAUCCUACUUCUUUACAACGAUGAAGAUGUGUUGACUCUAGAAGACAUCCAAGAGCGUACCAACUUAUCCGUACAAAACAUUGCCGCUGCCAUUGUACCCUUCAUCAAAUUCAAGUUGAUACAGCAAGUGCCUCCGGGGCUCGAUAACCUUGUGAAGGCCGAUACGCAAUUCAAGAUAUCGCAUCCUUACAAGGCAUUGAAGACAAAGAUCAAUUUCGCUAGUGGUGUCAAGAACGACGUGCUGAAUGCAUUGAACCCCGGAUCUGACGCCCCUGGGCACAGAGCCAAUCGGGAGAUAACAGAGAACGAAAAGAUCGAGAAGGAACUGAACGCAGAAAGACAGAUCUUCCUCGAAGCCUGCAUUGUGAGAAUCAUGAAAGCCAAGAGGAAGCUACCACACACCACUCUGGUCAAUGAGUGCAUUGCCCAAUCGCACCAGAGGUUCAACGCAAAGGUUUCCCUAAUCAAGAAAGCCAUUGACUCUUUGAUCCAAAAGGAAUACCUGCAAAGAUGUGAUGACGGGGAGUCUUACAAAUAUCUAGCAUAA